AUGUCCUGUGUCCAUGCUUCUCAGUCGUCCACCGGUCAUCCGCAUACAGAUUGCAAUGCGUUCAUCAACCAUAAUUCUGGCUGUGGUAUCACCGAGUGGAGCAGAGCCUCGUACGGACCUUUCUUUGACGUGCAAGGAGGUGGUGUUUUUGCAAUGAAGUGGGAUGAGAACGAUAUCUCCGUCUGGUCGUUUUAUCGCGCUGCUGUUCCGCGAGAUAUCGUCGAUGGUACCCCAAAUCCCUCUGAAUGGGGUAUUCCCUCCGCCAGACUACAUUCUUCACAGUGUGACAUCGGGAAAUAUUUUGCCAAUCACUCCAUCAUAUUUGAUAUCACCUUCUGGGACUGGGCUGGCAAUUCGUAUGCUACAUCGGGAUGUCCGGGUACCUGCGAAGAAAGGUUGAUGGAUCCCAAGAAUUUCGAGAACGCGUCCUGGAGCAUUAAUUCGCUGAAGGUUUACAGGAAGCAACUUGUCGCUGGCGACAUUUCACCAGUCUCUGCCGCUGCGCCAUCUGCCGUACUCAACCUUUCUGGAGGAGUAGCGCUACUUGCCACCUUUUUGGGCGCCCUUGCUUUAUGA